GUACAGCAGGCAGAGCGCAGCGAGGCCCCUGUCUCCGCCGCCAUGCCGUUCCCAUUUGGGAAGUCUCACAAGUCUCCCGCAGACAUCGUGAAGAACCUGAAGGAGAGCAUGGCCGUUCUGGAGAAGCAAGACAUUUCUGACAAAAAAGCAGAAAAGGCCACAGAAGAAGUUUCCAAAAAUCUGGUUGCCAUGAAAGAAAUUCUCUAUGGCACAAAUGAAAAAGAGCCGCAGACGGAAGCAGUGGCUCAGCUCGCUCAAGAGCUAUAUAACAGCGGGCUCCUGAGCACCCUGGUGGCUGACCUGCAGCUCAUCGACUUCGAGGGCAAAAAAGAUGUGGCUCAGAUUUUCAACAAUAUUCUCAGAAGACAAAUUGGUACAAGAACUCCUACUGUUGAAUACAUCUGCACCCAACAGAAUAUUUUGUUCAUGUUAUUGAAAGGGUAUGAAUCUCCUGAAAUAGCUCUAAAUUGUGGAAUAAUGUUAAGAGAGUGCAUCAGACAUGAACCACUUGCAAAAAUCAUUUUGUGGUCAGAACAGUUUUAUGAUUUCUUCAGAUAUGUCGAAAUGUCAACAUUUGACAUAGCUUCUGAUGCAUUUGCCACAUUCAAGGAUUUGCUUACAAGACAUAAGUUGCUCAGUGCGGAAUUUUUGGAACAGCAUUAUGAUAGAUUCUUCAGUGAGUAUGAGAAGUUACUUCAUUCAGAAAAUUAUGUGACCAAAAGACAGUCACUCAAGCUUCUUGGAGAACUAUUGUUAGAUCGACACAACUUCACAAUUAUGACGAAAUACAUCAGUAAACCCGAGAACCUCAAAUUAAUGAUGAACCUUCUACGAGACAAAAGCCGUAACAUCCAGUUUGAAGCUUUUCACGUUUUUAAGGUGUUUGUUGCCAACCCCAACAAGACGCAGCCCAUCCUAGACAUCCUCCUCAAGAACCAGACCAAGCUCAUAGAGUUCCUCAGCAAGUUUCAGAACGACAGGACCGAGGAUGAGCAGUUUAAUGACGAGAAGACCUAUUUAGUCAAACAGAUCAGGGACUUGAAGAGACCAGCUCAGCAAGAAGCCUAACCCCCCACAAACAUCCAAAAUAUUAAAUCCAAACCCAGCACCUGCUGUUAGCUCGUCAGCGUCAGGCACUCUCACCCAUCCGUGAGGAACAUUAUGCUAGUCUGCUGUUAAGUGAACGGUUUUCAUUUUACCUUGUUUUGUUUUUUAGUCCGACUUGGAGAGCGUAGCUGCUGCUUUCUUGCACACUAGAGCACACAUGGACUUUCUUGAUCUUUGUGUCAUUUCAGAAUUCAGAGACCCUGUUUGCUGUAGGAGUUGUGAGCACGGCUAGGUUCAUGAGGGCAGGGGUAGGGGUGAUAGUGUGGCAGAGGGCGUGUAGGGCCGACUAAAGCUGCGGGUUUGCGUGUGUCUUUGGUAAGGAGCCGGCUGGAUUCUUGGUGGAUUGUCUGCCUUCCCUGCAGGAAGACUGUGCAGCGCUGUGUUUGGAAUCGGGAACUGUACCCACGGUGUGAGCUUUUGGGUGGAUAAAGUUGACGUGCAAAUAAAUCGAUGCUGAAACUUAGCAACUUCUUAAAAGUGUGACGCUUCGUAAGGUCAAAAGGAAAAUGUAUAUAUGCUUCCACGGCUUUUUAGAAUUUUUUUGACAUUUGAUUUUCUUGAGACUUGUAAACCUGGAUAUUGUUGGAAGGUAUUUGUUAAUUUCCCUUUUGGAAGGUCUUUCAAACAGUAGAGCUAGUAACAACACCUCGCGUUUCAUUUCAACAAGGCUCACAGGUUUCUUUUGUAUAUAAUUCUUAGAAUGCUCAUUUCUUUUAAAUGAUUUAAUUUGUACAGCAGAGGAAUGUUAUUGUAUUAGUAUGUAACUAUUACCUAAUAUUGAGUUUUUGCAAAAAAAAAAAUGAAUGCUCCUAUGUAAUUGAAAUACUUCAGAUCACAUGAAAAUGCUGAUUUACCAUUUAAGUAUCGCAGCAUUAAAAGAAGAGUAAGCCAGUCUGUUGUAUUCAGUGUCUCGUGGGCGCCGUCAGUAGGGUGCAGUACAGACAUGGGCCUCAGUCAGCGCCUCCUUGCGUAAUCUGGCCUCAUUCACGUAGCAGGAGUCCCAGGUUUGCCAGAUUCAUGAAUGGUACCGAUUACGCUAAAUUAUUACUGAUUCUGUCGGGGGGAGCCCCGGUAGAGCCCCUUUCUUUAAAGUAAUCCAGCACAUAGUUGUGACACUGAAUCAUUAAGACCCUGGCUUCUCGGAGGAAAAGAAGAGUUCCUAGUCACAGGUGUCCUGCGGGGAGAUUUAUUUUUCCUAAUGUCCUAUUCCUUAAUGCUGCAGAUUAUCAGUAUUUGUAAAGUUACUGAUUUUCACCCCGGUUUUGUUACGUGACCACGACAGAGCAGCGUCUCCUAGGACAUAUCUCUGUAAAGUUAUUAGAAUGGUAUCUGUUCAUCUUACUGAUGCAAAGAUCCCAACUAACCACUUACAGCCCGAGUUUGCCGGUUCGAUUCAGCAUGGCUGUGGCCGGCUCAGAAGUUUACGCGAUUAUUCUCCGCUGGCCUCUCUCACUAAUUGAAUUAUCUAUCGGCCAGUAAAACGAGACUCCCAAGUGCUGCUUCAGCCUGUUGCAAGGCCUCCUAGGAACACCAGUCAGGAAAACAGCUCCAGAAAACAUAGAAGUGUUUUAUUACAUUUAAUUAAAUGGCAGCCGACAUUAUCAUUGUUUUUCCUGAGGCUGUCUUUACCAAAAUCUGUGUAAAAUCACUCAUGUUUUUCACUGGGAGUAGGGAAAGCGAUCCAAGCUUCUUGAAUUGAAAACAUCCAGAUGUUCAGGAAGGCGGACCUUGCCGCGACGAAGCGUCCCAGUCCUCGUGGCCUAGUGCUGGUGUCAGGGUGUCACGUGAGGACAGUAAUCACACUGAGUGGAGGAAGGUUUCCUCGCCAAGCUGGUUCUUAGAACUGGAAACAACAGCAGCUCCUUCCAUCCCGGUGACACCGUUGUAGUGCUAGAGGGUGGGGUGGGAGACAGUGAGGGGCCUGUCAGGGAACACCGUGUUACCAUCACAUUGAAAUCUCGCAGAGUUAAGAUUUGGGGGCUUUUGUUUGUUUUUAAACAAAAAUGUGAAAAACAUUCAAAGUUGAAAAGUUGCAUUUGAAGUUUUGAUCAUUUAAUAUAUUCAUGUUACCAAAACUAUUAUACUAAAAGUAUUUCUCUCUGUGUUAUAAAGGUUUAAUUUUGCAUAAGUCAGUUAUUCCAUGUGAUUUUUAACCCUUAAGAGAGGUGGAGAUGGAUGCACCUGUUAACGCUGUGAGCGCGUGCCCUUUCUCCUGAGGAAAAGGAAUUUCUAUCAGGCUAUGGCUGGCCCUGUAAUUUAAAUUAAAAUAAAAUUUUGGAGAAACAGCA